AUGGAGAACGAGAGCCCAGCAAAUCCAGAACAGGUUUCAUUUUUAGAAGAGCUUUAUGUUGCUAGGUGCAAAGAUACACUUGAGCAACCUUCUCGUGAAGAAUUCAUGCGUUUCAGUUCUCGAUUAAAAGCUCGUGUUUCGGGUGCAGUUUGUUCUCUUCGUAAUCAACACCUUGGUGUUUCUGCUGCAAAUACACUAUCGAAAUUCUUCAGAAAUAGAACAGAUUUGAUUAAAUUAGAUCUUUAUUGCAAUUUAAUUCGCGAUCAUGGUCUACAAGUUGUUUCACACUUUGUUCAAUUAUGCAAAUACAUCAGAGUAUUCAAUAUUGGCUGCAAUGACCUCACAGAUAAAUCUGCACCUCAACUUGCAAAUAUUAUUUCUGCAAACCAUUUAAGAUCCUUACAAUUAGGAACAGUCGAAAAAUCCUUGCAUCCAAACAAAUUUACUUCGAUUACUCUUGAUGCUUUAUCUGAAGCAAUUGUUAAAAAUGACGCUUUACUUGCAAUUGGCUUAAACGGAUCAUCAUUCGGUGCUAAACCAGCUCCAACAGCUCCUACAUCGUCUUCUGCUCUAAUAAGAAUGUUUUCGAAGAGCAAAUCGUUAUUAAAUAUCCAACUAAGUAAUUGCGGUCUUUUAAGUGAUGAUAUGAUGCUUGUUAUCGAAAAUGGUUUCUGUUUCAACCCAGUUCUCAAGCGUUUAGACAUCAGCCAAAAUAAUUUGGCUCCAAACGUCGGAAUGAGAAUUGCUCAGUACUUACUCGAGCCAAUUAAAGAGAUGGUUAUCCAACCUGAUGCAGAAAAUCCAGAAACAGAUUACGACGUAAUUGUUACUGAUCAAACCCCUCAUAUCUUCUACUUAGAUUUAUCAUCAAACCUCUUCAACGCUCAAGUUGCAACAGGCUUCGCCAAAGUACUUACUACAUACCCAUAUUUGGGAUACCUUGACAUCUCAAAUAAUGAAAUCGGAGAUGAUGGAGCAAUCCAGCUUGCCGAAGCCCUCGAACAUAACACAACUCUUGUUGAGCUUCAUAUUGCAGGCAACGGUAUUCGAUCUCCAGGUGGUGUUGCCCUUGCAAAAGUUUUGGCAAAUAAUGAAACACUCAUUCACCUCAAUAUUUCGAACAACAAGCUUGGUGAUGAGACAGCCAAUGCAAUUGCUGAAGCCUUGGCCCAAAACAAAUGCCUUACAACACUUAAUAUCAGCUCAUCAAUGCUUUCCAAUGCCGGUGGCAUCAAAAUCGCCGAAGCAACUCAAAAAUGCCACUCCCUUAUAUCAUUGGACAUGAGCGAUAACUUCUUUACCGAAGAUGCCGGAUCUGCAAUGGAAAAAACUUUCCGCGAAAACGGAACCAUCCUCAAAAUCAAUGUUUCUGGCACACAGAUCAACCAUUUCUCCUUCCACGCGCUGAAUGAGAUCUGUGCAAGAAAUGCUGCACUUUUGAAGCAAAAAGAACAGAAACCAUUGAGAAACCAAUACGUCAAAUCGCAAUAUUCCGUUGUAGAACUCCAAAGAAAGGAGGUCAUCCUUAAAUCUCUUGUUUCCCAGAAGAAUGAUCUGAAAUCUCAGAUUGAUUCGCUGAACGAGACCAUUAGAACACUCAAAGAAGAGGAAGAGAACAAAUCCAAGGACCUCACGAAGCAAAUCCAGGAAAAGGAGGCUCAAAUCGAGACAGAAGCCGCAGAUUUCAAGACAAAAAAGGAAAAACUCGAUGAAGAACUCCAAGAACUCACAACAAAGAAGGAAGAGCUUCAGAAGGCUCUCGAAGGACAGCAGAAACAGAACGCUGACGUUAGAGCAAAGAUCGAUGAAAGAAAAGCUGUUUUGAAGAAAUUGACAGAUGAUUUUGAAGCUGCAAAGAAUUCAAAACUUGCAGAAAUAGAGAAAUUAACAAAUGCUGCAAACGAAUUACUUGAACUAGCAAAGAACCCUGAAGCACUCGCAGCAAUGGAGAAACUUCCAGAAUUUAUUCAGUUCCAGGAUGAACCAAAAGAAGUUGUUCCUGAAGUUGCAAUUCCACAGGAUCAACCUGCUUCUUCUACUUCGAAGAAGAGCUCAAAGAAGAGUUCGAAGAAGAGUUCUAAAAAGUCGCCAAAGAAGUAA